UUGUGUCAAUUGUGAACCAUGAAUGAACCAUGGCGUCCAUCCCUGUUGCAGUUGCUGUGGGUGUUGGCGGUGCUUUAGGCCUUUAUUUUGCAAGGCAAUAUUUCAAGGGAGGUGAAUUCAAGAGCACAAGAAGACUUGAUGGUAAAACAGUUAUUAUCACUGGAGCAAACACUGGUAUCGGAAAGGAAACAGCCAUCGAUUUGGCCAAACGAGGAGCUCGAGUGAUCAUCGCGUGCAGAAGCCCAGACAGGGGAAAACAAGCAUUGAAGGAAAUCCAAGAACAGAGUAACAGCCAGCAGGUCUACUUGGAGAAACUAGACCUUGCAUCUUUGAAAUCUGUGCGAGAGUUUGCCGAGAAGAUCAAGAAAAAUGAACCUAGACUGGACAUCUUGAUCAACAAUGCUGGUGUGAUGAUGUGUCCCUAUAUGACGACUGAAGAUGGCUUUGAGCUGCAAAUCGGAGUCAAUCAUCUGGGCCACUUCUUACUUACUAAUUUGCUGCUGGAUCUUCUAAAGAAAUCAGCUCCAAGCCGUGUCAUUAAUUUGUCAUCUUUGGGCCAUACGAUGACCUCAAGGUUCAAGUUUCAAAACAUGAACAACGAAAAGACUUACGGCAAGGUAGAGGCGUAUGCUCAAAGUAAACUCGCCAACAUCCUGUUUACAAAGGAGCUUGCAAGACGUCUGGAGGGAACAGGAGUAACUACGUAUGCUGUACAUCCUGGGACAGUGGAAACAGAGCUGGACAGACACACUUUCUUCUCGUCCUCAAUUCUAGGGGCUCCCUUUAGGCCUAUAAGAUGGUUGACUUGCAAGACCCCAAUCCAGGGUGCGCAGACCUCAUUGUAUUGUGCAGUUUCUGAAGAUCUUGAAGGAGUAACUGGAAGAUAUUAUGCUGAUUGCGCUGAGACUCCAAGUUCAGAGGCUUCCAAGAAUGAGGAAGAUGCGAAGACGUUAUGGGAUGUUAGUGUUGAACUGGUGGGGCUUUGAGAACUAGACUUUCAAGAAUCACUUAUGAGUUUUAAACCCAAUACGGAAACACUCAUUUUUCAAUAGCUAUAUGAUAACUGAUUUAGUUUUUAGAAAGCGGAUAGAAAGUGUAGCAACCACUUAUCUCUUCAAAGGAGUAAAUAUUGUAACCAUACCCAUUGUUUGUCAGUCUUCUUCAAUGACAGAACUUUGGAUUAAAUGAAAAUAAAUAUUA